UCGCUGGUAUUUAACCAAAGCCGCCGCCCCCUUCUCCUCACUGUCCGCUGCUCUGGUUUUUAGUUUUUUCUUGGAUUGACUGCGACAGCUGCCCAUGUGCAGUUCAUCUUCAUCAGGUUAGGAGAAAAACCGAAGGCAUGCCGCUGGCUCGCAGCCUGUCUGUCACGUCCCUGUCAGGACUGGAGGAGUGGGACGAGGAGUUUGAUUUAGAGAACGCUGUUCUUUUUGAAAUUGCGUGGGAGGUCGCCAACAAAGUUGGAGGCAUCUACACCGUCAUCCAGACCAAAGCCCGUUUGACCUCAGAGGAAUGGGGGGAGAACUAUUUCCUGGUGGGUCCCUACGUGGAAAGCAACGUGCGCACUCAGGUGGAGCUCAUUGAGCCCACCAACCCCACGCUGAAGAGAACCAUUGACAAGAUGAACUCCAGUGGGUGUAAGGUCUAUUUUGGGCGGUGGCUUAUCGAGGGCAGCCCCUACGUUGUUCUGAUUGAUGUCGGGUUCACCGCCUGGUCUCUGGACACCUGGAAGAGCGAGCUGUGGGAGCUCUGUGACAUUGGAGUGCCGUGGUUCGACCGCGAGGCCAACGAUGCCGUGCUGUUCGGCUUCCUGACGGCAUGGCUUCUGGGAGAGUAUGCAGCCCAGAGUGAGGAGCCUCAGCACAUUGUCGCCCAUUUCCACGAGUGGUUGGCCGGCCUGGGCCUGGUGUUGUGUAGACAGAGACAGCUGCCCAUCGCAACCAUCUUCACCACUCACGCCACACUGCUGGGACGAUACCUGUGUGCUGGAAAUGUGGACUUCUAUAACAAGCUUGCAGAGUUCAACGUGGACAAGGAAGCAGGUGAUAGACAGAUCUACCACCGCUACUGUUUGGAGCGGGCGGCUGCUCACUGUGCCCAUGUCUUCACCACUGUGUCACAGAUCACAGCCAUCGAGGCAGAGCACCUCCUCAAGAGGAAACCAGACAUCGUCACUCCCAACGGGCUCAACGUGAAGAAGUUCUCCGCCGUGCACGAGUUUCAAAACCUCCACGCUCAGAGCAAGAAUCGGAUUCAAGAGUUUGUCAGGGGACACUUCUACGGGCACCUCGACUUCAACCUGGACAAGUGUUUGUUUCUCUUCAUCGCUGGAAGGUAUGAGUUCUCCAACAAAGGAGCUGACAUCUUCUUGGAAGCUUUAGCCAGACUCAACUAUCUACUGAGAGUCAAUCACAGCGACGUGACCGUCAUUGCGUUCUUCAUCAUGCCGGCUCGGACAAACAACUUCAACGUGGAGACCUUGAAGGGCCAAGCAGUCAGGAAACAGCUCUGGGACACUGCUCAGACUGUGAAGGAACGCUUCGGAAAGAAACUUUAUGAGUCGCUUUUAGUUGGACAGCUGCCAGAUGUGUCGAAAAUGCUGGACAAAGAGGAUUUCACCAUCAUGAAGCGUGCCAUCUUCGCGACUCAGAGACAAUGCCAGCCGCCAAUCUGCACCCAUAACAUGCUGGAGGACAGCAGCGACCCCAUCCUGAACUGUGUUCGCCGCAUUGGUCUUUUUAACAGCUCUGCUGACCGUGUCAAGAUUAUCUUCCAUCCAGAGUUCCUUUCAUCCACCUCUCCUCUACUUCCAAUGGAUUAUGAGGAGUUUGUAAGAGGCUGCCACCUUGGCGUCUUCCCCUCUUAUUAUGAGCCUUGGGGCUACACACCAGCUGAGUGCACAGUCAUGGGAAUCCCAUCAAUCUCAACCAACCUAUCAGGCUUUGGCUGUUUCAUGGAGGAGCAUAUAGCAGACCCCUCAGCAUAUGGUAUUUACAUCCUGGACCGGCGGUUUCGGGGGGUCGACGAGUCAUGCAACCAGCUCACUUCCUUCCUGUUUCAGUUCUGCAAGCAGAGCCGGCGCCAGCGGAUCAUCCAGAGGAACCGUACUGAGCGUCUGAGCGAGCUCCUGGACUGGAGAUACCUCGGCCGGUAUUAUAUAUCUGCCCGUCAUAUGGCCCUAGCUAAAGCCUUCCCUGACACCUAUGUGUAUGACCUUCAUGAGCCCACCUCAACCUCGGGCUUCCGCUACCCUCGACCAGCCUCUGUGCCACCAUCUCCGGCUCUGUCCCGCCACUCCUCCCCGCACCACAGUGAGGCCGAGGACAACGAUGAAGACGAGCGCUACGACGAGGAUCUGGAAGCAGAAAAGGACCGGGUGAACAUCCGCCAGCCCUACGCCCUGCCAUUCAAAAACAAGUCGUCCGUUCUCCAGACGGCCAACGGAAACAGCAAUGGUGUCACAAGCGAGAAAAAUUGACACACUUGCACAAACACACACAUGCAGUACAUGCUAAACCUCACUAUUGAAACCUUAUCUGUGGCAAGCGUUAAAGUCAUCCGUGCACUCACAAACUUUACAAACGAGUGCAGUUGUGUGAACGCGAGUGAUGAAUUUAAUAUCGGCUUGUUGUGAAAAAUUGCAUCACUCUCAGUGUCUUCCCAACGUGCACGUACCUCAGAAUUUUUAAAACUAUCUGUCGGUUUGAUAUGUUCUUUUUUCAGUUACACCAGCAGUGCAACCAUUGGUUUGCUUUGUGGAGUAGACGCAGCAGCUAGAAAGGACUUCAUGACAGCUCAACAUGGACAACAAAUCAGGAUUGCUGGAUUUUGUAGUGUACUAACACUGGAUAACAUAGGUAGAUCUAAAGCAUUGAACAUAUAACAGGAAAUUAUAAGAGUGUGGAGGGGAUUUAUACUUGACUCAAAGGUGGGUGAGAACAGGGAAAAUAGCAUAACCCCCCUUUUUUUUACCAGCUGGUAGUCGUCACACACUCAGGAUCAGCUGUUUUCCUGGUUUAAAAAAAUGAUGUAAAGAGGGUGUCAGUUGCUGUGAGGACCCACAAAGAGCACCUGUUCUUUCUUUUUUUAGCUGAAAAGUGGGAUAAUGAUUCAGUGCUUCAAACACAAACUGUCCACCUUGUAGCAUCUUCUGCUGUCUUUCAAAUGCCUUGUUUACUUCAAAAUGUCCCAGGAUGGAAAUUAAAUGGAGAACACACACAAAUACACAAAAACAAAAAGCAUGAAGCUAACAAAAAGCUGCCAGUCCUCUCAUUUUGAGAACAGUGUCGCGUGUGUGUUUUUCAUUUUCUUUCUGCGCCUUAUUGUGCCGCAGCCUUUCAGUGACGAUCACCCAUGAAUGACCUCGCACUCCUUUUUAUCUGUCUGUGUGUGUGCUUGUGUGGGUAGGGUUAUUCCUGUGUUCCCCUUGGCUUGGCAAGUAUUUAUUUGUGAGAGGAAUAGAGAUGAGACAGUCAGAGGAAGAAAAAGGGACUGUGUCCUGAGAUGACAACCGGAAAAGGAGCUAGAGUGUCCUACGUCUUGAUUAAAUGGAACAAGUGAAAUGGUUUUACUGGGCGUGACCUCUCACUCCCUGCAAGAGUUUUAUCAUUUAUUGCAAUCUUGCACCAGAUGAACCUAUAAUAAAUAAAAUAUUAGUGUUUUACAA